AUGGCUUUUAAGCCUCUCGACUACCUUCAUUUGACCAAAGCAUUGGGUCAUGUCGGCCUGUCCCAAAUACCUUUACAGGUCCUGAUGUCCCCAGCGGCGUAUAUUUCAACUAUCAAUCCGGGAGCGUCAUCGUUAUGCUCGGUUUUGACCGGUAUCUCUCAGCCAACUCUGACGCCGUAUCACCGUCUCUUUGGCCGAGUUAUUGUCUCGCCUCUCCUCUUGGCCCACGCCACGCUGUAUAUGGCCUUUUUCGUGCAAAACAGUCAUCCGGAGUUCGGUCUCUUAGUCUUCAAACGAAUUCGUGACUCUGAUGUCCAAUGCGGCCUGGUUGCGAUAUCCUCGGCAGUGUUUCUCUUCCUCUUCGCGCGGCCUCGUGGCGCUAAGCAGAAUGGACUUCAAGGUUGGCUAAUGCAAGGUCCUGUCCAAGAACGCAGGCGCAUUUUUUACCUCUACCACGUGUUUUUGGUCGCGGUGUUGUGUGGUGCAGCUUAUUGCCAUGUCAAGCAGGCGCAAAAGUACGUGAUUCAGGCUUUGGCUGCCUCAGCGCUCAAUGGGGCGUGUUCUUGGGCAGUGGUGCAAUGGGGAGGUCGAAGAUAA